AUGCUCCGAUUGACCAAGCUCGGAACCAACGUCGUGGGACGACGGCUGUACUCGGUAGCACCUGUAACGCCUGUGAACCAGAUAACAAUAGCAGAUCUAUUUGCCAAACAUGUCUCGAAACAACCCAUUACUAUGAUUACAGCGUACGAUUACAUUACUGGGACCUGGGCGCAAGCUGCUGAAUGCGAUAUGGUCCUGGUGGGCGAUUCGUUGGCCAUGUGUGCAUUGGGCUACAAUUCAACUACUGAGAUCUCGCUCCAAGAGUUCAAGUACCAUGUUGCAGCAGUGUGUCGAGCACCGGGAACUGCUUUUGUUGUCGCAGACAUGCCCUUCGGAAGCUUCGAAUCGAGCCUUGAAAAGGGCAUCGAGACGGCCGUGUCGCUCAUGCAAGUCUCGAGCAAAGUAGGUGCCGUCAAACUCGAAGUGGGCAGUUCCAGCAACCCGAACGGGCUACGGGACUAUUCUCUACGGCUAGCUGAAGAGUUGUGUUCAAGAGGUAUACCUGUAGUGGGUCAUAUUGGACUCACACCGCAGCGAGUCCAUGCUUUGAGUGGAUACAAAGCCCAAGGCGGGGCCGAUGCUCGUCGAGCAGAAGCGAUACACAGAACUGCCCAAGAAUUGGAAAGAGUAGGAUGCUUUUCUGUGGUCUUGGAGUGUGUUCCGCAUAAAGUGUCCGAAACCAUCACACGGAACUUGAACAUUCCUACGAUCGGCAUAGGCGCGGGCAAAAAUACCAGUGGUCAGGUCCUGGUGCAGUCGGACCUUCUGGGUAUGUUGCCGGGCAAAUUACCGCGUCUUGCGAAGCAGUACGGACAUUUGUAUGAAGACAGUGUGAGAUGCAUAAGAACCUACAUGGACGAAGUGACGACAGGCAAAUUCCCAGAGAACGAAAAACAUGGGUUCAGGAUCAAAGAGACAGUGUGGCUCGAGUACCUUGCAAAAGUGGGAAAGGGUAACGGUGAUUUAUAA